AAACAGAGUUCGCGCGAAGCACCAAAAGGCGAAGCACUAGACCAAAGAUUAUGGCGAUAUUACUGUCCGACCUUUUGUGAUUAUUUGUCCAGGCAUACAUUGUGCAGUACAUCGUUCAGCCUUGUUACCCCAACCAACAGACAAACAUGUUUCCUCCAUCGAAAAAUGCCAGAGACAGGCCAAUCGUUGCUGACUGGAUGGCGGGUGUCCAGUCCCUUCUUCCCGCGGUGGACUUUGAUCACCCCAAUGACAGUGCUGAACCUAAUCGUCACCCGGAUAUUAGUGCUAUUGAUUUUGCGGCCGACGACUUCAAUUUCGCGACAGAUCUAACAGAUGAUGUAUUCUCAAACCGACUCCCUCUAUUAUGCGACGAUACAUUUGACGAUUUCUUCUCAUUCGAUCACGAUGCCAAUGGCAGUGACAAUUCCUACCCCAUCUCCCCAUUGACCGAGAUGGCCCAAUCAGCCAACACGCGCGCCGACGACGAUCAACGCAGCAUCCCCCGAUCCAAGCGAGCCAACACCACCACUACUGCAGGAACACAGCAGCGCGACGCACAGGAUCUCAGGUGUUGGGACCACGGGUGUAACGGGCAGUUGUUUACGACGCUGAGCAACCUGAAGCGGCACCAGAAGGAGAAGUCUAGCCAGCGGCCUUCUUAUCCGUGUAAUAUGUGCGGUGCUAUCUUUAGUCGCACUACGGCGAGGAAUCAUCAUAUUCAGAAUCAGAGCUGUAAUAGGAUUCGACGACAUUCUAAUGGGAGGGUGCGACCGAAUAGAUCGUUGAGGUCAUUGACACAAUAGCGGUGCGCUGGUUGUCUGAGACUAGAUGAUUGAUUUCUUUCUAAUAUACUGAUGGUUUCUCUGGUGUGUUACUCUGAUCUUGGCGAUGCAAGUAGCGACUCAUGACUCCGCACAAGAUGUGACUCCGUCGCCCACUGAACACUGCAGCGAAGAAUGAGUUGUGACAGACCCCGCAGAAUGAUAUGUAGACACUCUCGUGUCGCUGGUAUUUCUAUAUAUGCACGAUUCAAGGCCGUUUGGAGUUCUGCGCAAUGCAAAACGCAUGUGAUGCUGUCGGAAGUGGAUAUAUCUUGCAGCGCAGUAUCGUGGUUUCAAUCGGUGUUCCCUGCUCAUACAAGGGAUUGCCAUCUAUUCUGUAGCUGUAGUGUAAACAGGAUGUUCGCAAAUACGCCUGAAUCAUUGAGUAGUCAGUAAUAUUAGUUGAUUCCCCGUCCUCGGCAUAUCUUCCGCGGUGCCAGAUGCAGUAGUUUCGUCUCCGAUUCUGUCAAUUUCUCUUUGACUCCAUUUAAAUAGCAUUCGCAAUCACUCAAGAGUACCUA